UUUUUUCAAGUGUCGAAACAUAUUUCUCGCAAAUUUUCCUUACCUUUACCUUCCUUGAUUUGUCUAAAACGACUCACUAGUACUAUCAGAAGCUUAGGAACUAUUUAGGGAAGGAAUGAGGGAUAAAUUUUCGCCGAUGUAAUUUACCCAUGAUCACUAGACGCCGCCGAACACGAUCGAGCGGUGAAGACAACGAUCAAACUCGAGUGGAAUUUUCAAGCGAAAACAACUUCAGUUCGAUAACUGUGGAUAUGACAACAUGUAGAGACAGAACCUCGGAGUUUAUCUCCGCCGUAAAAUCACUUCAAUCUAGACAGGGAAAUAAUUUUGCUGGAAACAGGCAUGACCACCAACGCCAAGGUGGACUCCAGAAAAGUCAAUUUUUUGUCAUUGCCAAGCACAUUGGAAAGGAUAUCAGCAAUACUUUUGCUAAACUGGAAAAGCUUACCAUCUUGGCCAAGAAGAAAUCAUUGUUUGAUGACAGACCCAUGGAAAUCCAGGAACUGACAUACAUAAUAAAACAGGAUAUUACUGGUUUAAACCAGCAGAUUGCCCAGUUACAAGAGCUGGUGAAAUCUAAGGCUAGUACUCAAGGGAGGCAUCUACAGACCCACUCAAGUACAGUAGUACUAUCACUUCAGUCAAAACUAGCAAGAAUGUCAAAGGACUUCAAAGGUGUCCUGGAAGUAAGAACCGAGAAUCUGAAACAGCAGAAGGAGAGAAGAGAGCAGUUCUCACAAGGUGCUGCAGUGGACAGCCUACCUCCAUCUUCAUUAUCAGGCUCUGUAUUGCAGAGAUCUAAUGUAGCAAGGGGCUUGGGACAAGGUGGUGACUCAGCAGUGGCCAUAGAUAUGGAUCACAUGGAUUCCGCACCCCUAAUGUCCAACGAUAUGAGCCAAAUGCAGCUGGUUGAACAACAGGACGAGUACAUACAAAGCCGCGCGAAUGCAAUGGAGAACAUUGAAUCAACGAUUGUUGAACUUGGAAGCAUAUUUCAAGAACUCGCUCACAUGGUUAAAGAACAGGAGGAACAGAUUGAAAGGAUUGAUGCCAAUGUUGAAGAAACAGAACUAAAUGUUGAGGCCGCACAUGGCGAACUGUUGAAGUAUUUUCAGUCAGUGACCUCAAAUAGGUGGUUAAUUAUAAAAAUAUUCUGCGUUCUCAUCAUCUUCUUCGUCGUUUUCGUUGUCUUCAUGGCUUGAAUAUUUCUCGAACUUGAACUCUCCAAUUCAAGCAUUUCUUUAUAUUAUUUUACGGAGAUGAGUUUUCUCGGAAAUACAUUGUACUUAUUGGUUAAAGUUGGUUUAUUUGAUGUCCACAAAUGGAAAUUCCGGAAUAUGAAUGGCGGAGCUGACACUGGCGUGUGCCUAGCAGGAAAUCUUUGGUUUACCAUGGCAACUGUAACCUGCAUGCCUAACUAGCCAAAGUGGAUUGCAACUAUAAAACCUUGUCAAAGGAGCUGUCAAAAAUCGAUCGAGAAAUUCGUCGUGGGUCAAAGGCUUGCAGUUAUCACCCUUCUGCUACUGACAAUAAAACUACUACGGCACAGAUCUGGAGGAAAUGGUCAAAUAUGUAUGGCAGAAGAUCUAAAUGUGUAUAAUUUAAUUUUAAAGAUGGUGUGGGAAAAAUGUAGUUAAAAAUCUUAGCCAAGUUAGUUGUAAUACCGUUCAGUUGUUGUUACUGUCCUUGCCAGCAGAAUGCGUUUCAGCAGCCAAUUUCCCCCGAGGUUCGCUUUCGAACUGUGUUUUAAGUGAUUUUUUAAUUGUACAAGAUUUCGAAAUAUCAAAUAUCAGAAACAUCCUUCAGAGGAAACCACUAGAAAGUGGCACAUGUUCGAGAAAACUUAGUGGUAACAAAGUUUCAAGCGAAUUUUCAGCAAUUGACGUUCUCAUGCACAAGUGUUAUCUUGGAAAUUUGUUCCAUAAUCGAUAAUCGCUUUCUCUGGCAAGAGUGGUUGCCCCCUUUCUAUUGUUGUAUAAUUAGAAUAUUAUCACAAAACUUUCCAGGAGAGGAGAGGAAGAAUAAGAAGAGGAACUAAAGAGAGAAAAAAACGGAAAAGAUUAACUAGAAAAAUUCCUCUUGACUUUCUAUUCUUGAUUGAUCCUUUUCUUAGUUUUCUUUGUGGGAUAUAUGUAAACUAUUAAACAAUCUCUGGUAACCCUUUUACUUCCAAGAUGCGAUUACUAAUUAACUGUUGUGACUGCCAUUUGUUUCCAUUACAUCAAGAUAAUAUCACUCUUUA